GUAUGGCAUUGUUCUUUCUAUUCUCUCUUUCCAUACUCCCCUCCUAUACCUUUCUUCUAGAUGAAACAUGUAACACACUGGAUUGCAAAAUUGACAACAUGAUGCGAUUAAUAACAAGACAGCAAACCAUAAUAGACGACCAAUCAAAAAGGAUCGAUUUCCUGGAGGACAACUUGUCAGCCAUGAGGAAAAGGCUGGAAGAGACAUCAUCAACGGGUGCACAGAUUACUAUUCCAACUUUUUAUGCUGUUAAAUCGCGAGAUCAGCGAAAUCUUGCAAAAGGAGAAAGAAUCAUAUUUGAAACAGAAAUAACCAAUGUCAUGAAAGCCUUCGAUGUUUAUACUGGCGUCUUCAAAGUUCCACUGAAAGGUGCAUACGCAUUUAGUUGGAGUAUUGCCAUGGACAAUAUCGACAAUCAUGCCUGCUUCUCUCUUGUAGUAAAUGACGUAGUGAUCGGACAAACAUACAUGUGGAACAACGGAAGUGACGCAAUUUCCACAGGAUUUUCAAUUAUAGAAGUCGAUACUGGUGAUGACGUAUUCAUGAGCAUCUGCAACUCUAGUCAGCCACUUGGCCAAAUUAUUAGUGACAUUUACCGCAAGACAAGUUUUGCUGGUUGGUGCAUUGCAUGUUGAUAUUGCUC